AUGGGCUUACCGUGCAUCCUGGUUGCCCUCGCCAUGCUCGCGCAGUGUGGCAUGGCCCUCCAAGUCACACCAAAUUCCCCUUGUUCGUCAUUCUGUGUAGAUUCCAACGACCUAGACUUCUCCGACCCGAACUCAUCAAACACGGGAAACAAAGACAUUACGUGCUAUGAUAAGGAGUUUGCAUCGUCAUCCGCCGGCCAAAAGUUCCACAGGUGCAUGAGCUGCUUGCAAGAUAGCACCUUUUCUCAAGGCCAACAAAGUGACCAGGCUUGGUUUCUGUAUAACCUCAGAUACACAUUUGAUUAUUGCAUCUUCGGAUUUCCCAACGCCACAAAUGUGGCGUCCACACCGUGCUCUACGUCAACGGCGUGCGGAGGACUUGAGGCAGCCCUGACCAGCGAUGGCCUCGAUGCAACCGACUUGCAGUCGUAUGGGUACUGCGAUGCCGAUGGUGCUGCAAUGGGUGGUCCGUCGGUCUCGAAGUGCAUUGCAUGUGUUGCUGCAUCUGAUGGCCAAGACUAUAUGGCCAACUUUAUGGUGGCUCUUGGUGCCGGAUGCCAGCAAAGACCUCCCACCGGCACCCUGGUCGGUCUGAACGAUACUGUAUUCUCGACAGCAAUGAUAAGUGCUGUAGACCCAUCAGCCUCGGCAGCGACAUCCAGCAACGAAGGGCGGCUACCAACAACUACUGUUGUUGGUGUUGCUAUUGGGGCCAUUGUUGUGGCUUUGGUCAUUGCUGGAAUUGUUUACAUCUGUUACCGAAAGCGACGCAACCGACGCCUUCGCCUCAAUGGCUCACCUGGACAAAAUAUUCCGAAGCGCAGCAUUCACCGUCCAGCAUCCUCACUGUCUUUUCGCUGUCAAACCCACCUCUCGCCUCGGUCGCCAGCUUUCUUCCCCGGCCUGUCUGAGUCGACAAUCCGGGAAGAGAAGCCUUACACUGGUCCUCAGGGGGGCUUGGGCUCUAACCCUGUCUUCGCUGAUUCUCCCACCUCGCAUCAGUCUCCAUGGUCAUCACGACCAGGGUUCAUGUCCGAUCGUGGUUCUCGUGGAGUUCACGGCCCCAGCCUCCCACUGCACAGCAUCUCGACUGCGACCCCGACGGUGCCAAACGGUGUUUAUUACUCCACAUCACCAAAAGCCAAAGGGUUCUCGCCAAUCGACGACAUGACUACACCAGCGAGCACCACCAGCACAAAGAGCACCAGCAACUUGUUACCCUUGAAACCAUACAAUCCCUCUGAAUAUGGGAUCUCGGCACCGCAGAUGGGAACGGUGCCUGAAGCAGUGUAUACGAGCCCAACGUCUGCCUCGACGGCUAGCCCACUAAUCAGCCGGGCUUGGGACCAGAACCAGCCCGUAUGGGAUAAGCCUCUGCCUCCCAGGGUCUCAAGCCGGCCGUCUAUCAGUGUCGCUGGUGCCCUGGGCGGUGGUAAAGGAAAGAAAGUCAACAAUACAGGCAGCCCAGUGGAGACGAAGGAGAUCAGCAUCAAGUUUCCAGGUCCGCCGUCGCCAAAGCGAUUCUCCUAG